GAGCCAAUUGUGGCCAUGCUGGGCACAGACACAGUGCUGCCCUGUCGUGUGUCCCCAGCCAUGAAUGUGGAGAGCAUGGAGCUGAGGUGGUUCCGCUCCCAGUUCUCAGAGGCUGUGUAUGUAUAUAAGGAUGGAAUGGAGCAGGCGGGAGAACAGCUGGUAGAUUUCAAAGGGAGAGCAGAGUUGGUGAAAGAUUACAUCACAGAGGGAAGAGUAGCUGUGAGAAUCUACAGUCUCCAGAUCUCAGACAAUGGAAUGUACAAGUGUUCUUUUAAAAAAGACAGUGACUUUGAAGAAGCCACUUUGGAGCUAAAGGUGAUCGACUGGAGAAAGGAACAAUUCAAAGCAGUUGCUGUUACUCUGGAUCCAGACAGUGCUCAUCCCAAUCUCAUCAUCUCUGAGAAUAGAAAACAAGUUUCUUUAAUGGAAAAUGUUCCUCAGAACUGUGAUGCCUCAGUAUACCAAGGACAAGAGGAAUCUGAAGCUGUCUUCAGUGUUCUGGGCCAAAAUUACUUUAACACAGGGAGACAUUACUGGGAGGUGGAAGUCAAUAUUGGGACAGAAGCCGGACCUGAAACUAAAUGGGCUGUGGGUGUUUGCUUAAAUACAGUAAAAAGAGAUAAGUGGUUUGUAGAAUGUCCAGAGAAGAAUUUCUGGGUGAUAGCAUACGAGAAAGGAGAAGUCAAGGUUCUCACCUUCUCAGAGUCACUGUCACUGAGGCAGCAUCCUCAAAGGAUAGGAGUUUUCUUGGACCAGGAAGAUGGAGAUGUGUCGUUUUACAACAUGGUUGAUGGGUCGCACAUCUUUUCCUUUACCGGAAUCACCUCCUAUGGGACCCUCUGUCCUUAUUUUAGGCUUCAGGGUGCUGGCACAUCUGUGACCAUCUACUCAACUUCAGAUUGCACUGAAAAUUGUCCUGAUUCUUCUCCAAAUACCUCUGUAACUCAUUUAAGGAGUGGUGACAUGGGUAUCCCUCAAGAAGCUAAGCGUCUAUUACCUCCAUAG